AUGGAUACUCUGGAAUCUGACCGCAUUUCACACACUGCAACAGCGGGUGCCAGUUGGACGGCUCGAGCAAAACUCGGUGGCCGGAAGUUCAUCCACAAACUGACCACCAAAGAAGGAAUUUUGGGUGAUUAUGACUAUGCGUUUUUGUUUACACCCUCAUUUCCAUUCAGAAAUUGGAUAGACCGGAAAAGAGGCAUCGAGCCCGUCGAGCGGGAUCAGCCUUUCUUUUCGGUGUACUCCGAAAUGCCAAUACUGUUAGGGCUGCUGUUAGGUCUCCAGCAUUCGUUGGCAAUGCUGGCUGGUGUUAUAACUCCUCCAAUCAUCAUUGCCUCGGUCGCCAACUUUCCUGUGGAAAUACAACAAUACUUGGUAUCAGCAUCACUUAUCGUGUCGGCAAUUAUGUCUUGCAUCCAAAUCACUCGGUUCCGUAUCCCCAAGACGCCUUACUUCAUCGGUUCAGGUCUUCUUUCUGUGGUUGGCACCUCUUUUGCAACAAUCACAAUUGUCGAAAAGGGCUUCCCAGUUAUGUAUAAGUCUGGAUUCUGUCCCAUGGGCGAGGACGGUAAGCCCGGACCAUGCUAUGAGGGUUACGGUGCGCUUUUGGGUACAGCAGCCUGUUGUGCCUUAUUGGAAAUGGCCAUGUCUUUCACUCCUCCCAAGAUUUUGCAUAAACUCUUCCCUAAGAUUGUCACUGGGCCAGUUGUGCUGUGUAUAGCAGUCAGUUUGAUCCAGAGUGGGUUCAAUGAUUGGGUUGGGGGCUCUGGAUGUGUCGGGUCUAUCUGUCCCUCGGAAGGUGCCCCUAUGGCAGGAGAAUGGGGGAGUGCCAGAUUCGUCGGUCUCGGGUUUUUGGUAUUUUCGACCAUUGUUUGUUGCGAAAAAUGGGGAUCGCCCAUUAUGAGGUCUUGUGCAGUGAUUGUUGGGCUGAUUGUGGGCUGUAUAGUGGCUGCGGCCUGUGGCUAUUUCGACCCUACGUCCAUAAACAGUGCCCCUGCCGCCACUUUCCUAUGGGUCCACACAUUUCCGCUAAAAGUUUACGGCCCCAUUGUUCUGCCGAUGCUGGUCAUGUAUAUCGUCUUGGCACAAGAGUGCAUUGGUGAUGUUACUGCAACCUGUGAUGUUUCUCGUAUGGAAGUCGAGGGUGAAAUCUACGAAUCCAGAAUUCAAGGAGCUGUAUUGAGUGAUGGCUUUAGCGGCGUGCUCUCGGCUUUGUUCACCCUGCCUCCCAUGUCCACUUUCGCACAAAACAAUGGUGUUAUUUCUUUGACAAAAUGUGCAAAUAGGCAAGUCGGUUACUGGUGCUGUUUCUUUCUUUUAUUGAUGGGCAUAUUUGCAAAGUUUGGUGCCGCGCUGGUGUCAAUUCCCAAACCAGUGCUCGGUGGCAUGACCACAUUUCUAUUCACAAGUGUUGCCGUCUCAGGUCUAAAGAUCAUAUCCACCAUACCGUUUACGAGACGCGAUAGAUUUGUGCUGACAGGUACCCUGCUAUUCGGGUUUGGAGCCAUUCUAGUUCCAAAUUGGUUUGAGACCUUCUUUCACUAUAAUGGGAACAACGAAGCUUUGCGAGGGCUUCUUAAUGCUAUUAUACUUAUCAUGGAGUCGGGUUUCGCAGCAGCCGGGAUUGUUGGUAUUAUUUUGAAUCUGAUUAUCCCACAACAGCUGGACGAAGACUUGAUGGAUGACAUAGAGAUCCAACAGGAAAAUUUGGCGACUUUAGAAGGUCGCACAGCUUCUUAUGAAGAAACAGGAUUUACCGGCAAAGCCAGAGAAGCUUUUUCCAAGGAGAAUGAUCUGGGCAGAACUGACAACAGCGCUUAUGAGAUGAAAGAUAAAAAUAAAAUCAUAGUCAACGCUGGAGAGUCCUCUACUUCAGAUUAA